AUGGCCGUGCAUAGGAAGGACGUCUUAAAACUGCUUGAAUCACUCCAACAAAAAGAAAAGGAAAUGGAAAACGUCCGAAGCGAGAUGUCGGUGCUCCAAGGACGUCUCGACGUCUGUUCUGCGAAUUUGGCAACUCUGGAAGAAGAAGUUGCUUGGGUCAAUGCCACCUUCGAAAAAUGGUUCCAAGUGAGUUCAAGUUUAGAGUUUUUUCCUUUUUCCUGUGAUUUAUCAGAAAACAAAAUUAGUCGAACCAUUGAUCUGCAAACAAUUUUCUCUGAUUUCAGAAUGAUAGUCUCUUCGAGGAACUCCUGGAGAUGAUCAAAAAAGAUCAACCCUGAGAAGGAAGAGGGAAACAUGCCGGCCGAAGCAAAGAAUAGUCCCGGCGAAACCAAAAAGGACAGAUUCUUCAAAGUUUCAGAACAAGAGGUUUGAAAACUGAGCAGCUUUCAAAAAAUUAAACACGUCUUGAAGUUAAAACUGAUGACGAAUGUGGCGACUUUUCUAUUAGAAAGAACAAACGAUUGACUUGAACUGAAAUUUGAAUCAAAUAAUCAAACUUUCGGGAUUUUUUUCUGUUCAUUUGAUUUUUGAUUAUUAGCAACCAAUAAUACUUUCUUAUGCUCACAUUGUUCAUUUGAAAACUUUGAUAGAGUUUUUUUUAUUUAAGAAUUAGUUCAGCACAAAAAAACCCAUCUUUAUUAGGAACUAAUAAUUUAAUAGACGAGAACGUAACUAUCAGUACCAGUGGGACUCCUAAGAAAGGUACAAAAAAAUUAAACGAGAUUGAGUCGAUUGUCAAAUCAAUUCCAACAUCGACCAAUAGAUUAUUAUUCAAAAAUUUAUUAUUGAAAAAUGUGCGAAAAAUAAAUUACAAAUAUCGUUCAGAAAAAUUCAAAUGAGAUGUGUAGAAGAUGAUAAAAAAACAACUCAAACUCUCAAAGAUUUUGAUAGUCUCAUUUUGAAAAAUGAAAAAAUAGCAAUCUUUCUGUUUCUAGGCGCCUGUCGAAGCAAAAGAACAUGAAGAAAAAUCUCCCAAGGACAGAAAGAAGAAAUCGGUGACCCUAGUUGAACCAGAAACGGUUCAGAAAAAAAGGACGGCAACAAAUCAAAGGUAAAAAAAGAAAAAUUACUUUUAACUAAGUAAUAUUGUGUCAACUUUCACCUUGCACAAAUAUCUUCUUGUACUAAAACUUACAGAAACUGAAUUUCUUCUCUUCGUUAACCUACGAAAAGCUACUUUUGUCUUCGCAUGAUUAAUUCGGGUUUACGGCUGUGAAUGAAAGCUGAAUGACGUGAAAAAAAGAGAAUUUUUUUACUUUCUAUUCAGGUUCAUAUGAAAUAUGUGAUUAAGGUAUUUAUUCCCGAUGAGGGUUUUUUUUAACAACCUAAACUGAUAAUAGAUUUCUGUUCAAUAAAAAUUCGUAAGUUACAGAAUGUUUCGGUCAGUCAUUCGCGUCGGAGCGCCUACGACGUCGAUUCUGACGGCGAAUUUACCUCUGCCGACCCUUGGUAAUCGAGAAAAGCCACCGGUUCGGAUCUGUGCACGUCUCCAUCUACGGUCUUCUCGAGACGCUCUACUACUCAUCUUCUUAUUGUUUUAA